AUGGAUGCAUCUUUCCCUCCCCCCUCCUUCCCCUCCCUCCCGUCUCUCCCUCCCUCUCCCCCCUCCCCUUUCUCCCCUCCUUCCCCUCUCUCUUCCUCUUUCCCUCUCUCCUUCUCUCCCCAAUCUCUCCUCUCUCCCCCCUCCUUCCCCUCCCUCCCUUCUCUCCCCUCUCUCUCCUCCUCCUUCCCCUCCCUCCCUUCUCUCCCCUCUCUCCCCUACUCUCCACCCUCCUUCUCCUCCCUCCCUCUCCUCCCCUCCCCUCCUACAUUCAUUCUGACACAUGCACAGACUUCACUUACUUCCACGUGA